GUGAUGAAGAUGAUGGUGGGAUGUGCAGAGUCAGGGAGGAGGGGCAUCAGAGUCAAACAGGGACUGAGAAAGAGGAGGGGAUGAAGAGAAUGAGAGAGAGAUAAAUCAGUUACAUGACUCAGGUUUGUUCAGAAAGCUGCCAGAGCUGCAGCUAUCUGCAGACCUCUGCAGAUGGAGGUUGAGGACGGAGCCAAGCUCUGCUUUCCCCAGUUCCCAAACACCUCCUGCAGGAAGCCCUCGUCUCCUUGGCCCCAAACAAUGCUCAUUUACAUUGUGUGGUACUCCCUCUCUCUGACCACUGUGACUCUCAACCUGCUCAUCAUCUCAAUCUCCCACUUCAGGCAGCUCCACACUCCCACCAACAUCCUUCUCCUCUCUCUGGCUGUCUCAGACCUUCUAGUGGGCCUCAUGCUGAUGCCUGUAGAAGUUCUCAAAAAAACAUCCUGCUGGUUUCUUGGUGACUUUGUGUGUUUUCUUAAUAAUUAUCUUUCAAUCAUCAUUGUUAUAUCCUCAAUAGGUGACAUGGUGCUCAUAUCAGUUGACCGUUAUGUGGCUAUUUGUGACCCUCGGCAUUACAACACCAGAAUCACUGUGAACAGAGUUAAACUCAGUGUUUUUCUGUGUUGGCUCUAUUCUUCUUCCUACAGCUCUCCCUUUGUGAAGGAUGACCUGACUCAACCAGGGAGGUAUAAUUCCUGCUACGGAGAAUGCUUGUUGGUCAUUGACUAUUUCACAGGAAUAAUGGAUCUUGUUUUGUCCUUUAUUGUUCCAGUUACUCUCAUCGUAGCUCUUUAUUUGAGAAUAUUUGCCGUAGCUGUGUCUCAGGCCCGUUCCAUGCGCUCUCACAUUACAGCUGUCACACUCCAGCUGUCAGUGACUCCAAAGGCAAAGAAAUCAGAGCUGAAAGCAGCCAGGACUCUUGGUGUUCUGGUAGUUGUGUUCCUAAUGUGUUUCUGCCCAUAUUACUGUGUCUCUCUUGUAGGUGAAAGCUUGGUCAAUGCUUCAUUUGCAUCAUAUGUUCUCUUUGUGUUCUUUUGUAACUCUUGUCUAAAUCCUGUGAUCUAUGCCUUCCUUUACCCCUGGUUUAGAAAAGCAGUUAAACUCAUAGUUACUCUUCAGAUACUGCAGCCUGGCUCCCGUGAGACCAACAUGCUGUAGAGAGGCUG